AUGACUAGGAAAUCCAAAAAAGGUUUAAAAGGGAGGUCAAUUGGUAACGAUCAAUCACUAGAGAAUAAGGAAUUGAUUGAAUUAAUAGAUGCCAGAAAAUCACAACUUAAUAAGCAAAAUAAAGUAUCAAAAGUGGUGAAUGACCAUAAUAAUAAAAAUAAGAGCAAGAAGAAGAAGAGUAAUCAUGACAAAAAUAAAGAUCAAAUGCAUGGCGCAUUCUUAAAUGAGACGCGACUAAUGGAACAAUUUAGUACCAUUUUUCAAAAAUUUGAAAUUCCAAAAGUUUCUAAUGAUGAACAAGUGAAACUAAUACAAAAUAAUAAAAGAAAGCAUAAUAACGAUAAUAAUGAAAAUGAGAUUGAAACUGAAAAUGGGAAGAAUAAAUAUGAUGCAGUUAUUGACUCUGUUAGACCUGAUAAACAAGAAAAUGACGAGAAGUAUGAAGCAAAUAAACCUGAACAACUUUCAAAAAGAAAGCUACGCAAAUUGAACAAACCCAAUCUAAUUGAUUUGAAGAGUCAAGUAAUACACCCAGAAGUCAUUGAAUGGUAUGAUUGUGAUGCACGUUAUCCAUUAUUGAAUGCCACAAUUAAGUCUACUAAAAAUGUUGUCAGCAUACCUUCUCAUUGGCAACUGAAAAGGGAGUAUCUAUCCGGCAGAUCACUAUUGAAUAAAAAACCUUUUGAACUACCAGAUAUUAUGAAACAGACGAAUAUAGAAUCCAUGAGAAAUGUAUUGGCCAAUAGGGAUCAACAACAAAUGCAAGAUAGUUCAUUGAAAGAGAUGACAAGAGCAAGGGUACAACCAAGGCUGGGUACUCUUGAUAUCGAUUAUAAAAAAUUAUACGACAUUUUUUUUAAAUUGGGCUCUACAUGGAAACCUGAUAUCUUAUUACCGUUUGGUGACUUGUAUUAUGAGAAUAGAAACCUGGAGGAAGAAGGUCAAUGGGAACGGAUGAAAAGAACUGUAAGACCCGGCAAAAUUAGUAAAAGCUUAAGGGAAGUUAUGGGCAUGAAAGAGGGCCAGUUACCACCGUGGUGUCAUAAAAUGGAGAAAUUGGGGAUGCCGCCAAGUUAUCCUAACAUGAAAAUAGUUGGAUUAAAUUGGGAUAUUCAAUUUUUGAAAGAUGAAAUUUAUGGUAAGAUACCGAAAGUUAAUAAGAAGAAUGAUUUAAAAAAUACCACAUAUUUUGGUCAAAUAUUAAACUUUGAAGAUAGUACUGAUGAAAAUGAAGAUAAAGAUUUGGAUACGGGUAUUGAAGCUAAUUUAGAAGACGAUCAAAUAAAUAAUACAAAAUCAAAAGAUGGUGAUGUUGACAAACAAUUAAUAACUGAAGUAGAAGUUGUUAAAGCUGUGGAUAAUAAUAGUGUUCAAGGAAUUGAAGCAAAUAUUCUAUCAAAAAGACCGCUUUAUACUGUGUUGCAAGAAACCACUGAUCAGACAAGUAAUGAAUAUACAAUGAAUAAAAAAUACUCUAUCACAAGACAACCCUCUCAGCUUCCAUCAGAAUCGGAUGAUAUUGAUUCAAUUGCAAAAUCAGAACAAAAAGUCGAAAUAGCAGAAGAUGAAGAGGAGCAACAACUCAGAAAGUUUAAAUUUUGA